AAAUAAAUUCAUGACUUUUCUGUUCACAGGUUAUCCUACGCCGUAUGAUCCGACCUUCAAAGGGCCAAUUAAGAACAGGUCCUGUACGGAUGUCAUCUGCUGCAUUCUGUUCUUUAUUUUCCUAGCGGGAAUGGUUGCCUGUUCAGCUUUGGGGUUUAUCCAUGGUAACCCAAUUCAGCUGAUCUAUCCGACAGAUUCCGAAGGUAACAUCUGUGGUACCGGAAGCAAAAAGAACCAGCCGAAUUUGUUUUUCUUUGACCUGCUUAAAUGUUACCAGUCUGGCCCGGGGGUGGCUGUACAAGGAUGCCCCACCCCUCAGAUCUGCGUCAGGGAGUGUCCCAGUUCGUAUUACGUCUAUGUGGAAUCUCUGAUCUCCAACAACAAGAGUGAGCUGAUCUGCAAAGACAGUGUGGAUGUUACAACAACAACGAAGGACAUCAACGCGUUGGUGCUUGAUGAAGAUUGUGCUGCUUACACUGUACCAUCAAGCCCAGUGCUUGGUCGGUGUGUACCGUCAAUAUUCUCCGACUUGGUGGAUCUUGCUGCUACUCUAUCCACCAACAACAAGACAUUAGAGAACGCCGAGGGCACGCCCAUCACAGGAGAACUCCUGCAGACCUCCAGCAAAUUCUUGGCGUACUUUAUGAGUGCUGCAGAGUUUGGUGAAAGGAUUUUUAAAGACAUUUUGGAUUCCUGGUGGCUUAUUCUAGUAUUCCUGACCUUGACGAUGUUUUUGUCCUUCAUCUGGAUCGUUUUGCUGAGAUGGAUCGCCGGUAUCAUUGUCUGGGUCUCCAUUUUCGCUGUCCUCGGGGGUCUUGGAUUCUGUGAGACAUUGUUCUUUCAUUCUCUUCUGAUCAGAAAUGCGUUUACUCACAUUUCAUAUAUGUGUCUUAUAUUUACAACACUUGCAAUGGAAACUGAACGUGUUUAUUACACAGUCACGCAAUAUUUGACGUUACGUGAUCACCCAGAAUACAGCGGACUUCCGGUUGUGUUCACUAUCAACUUGGCGUACUAUAUAAACUUAAAGGAAACAUGGCUGGGGUUGGCCAUUAUCUCGUCAAUCGUCCUCGUCAUUCUCGUACUGAUGCUUGUCUUUCUGUGUGGAAGGAUUAGAAUGGCGGUGGAGCUCAUCAAAGAAGGGAGCAGAGCCAUCGGUAAAAUGAUGUCCACGCUCUUCUUUCCACUAUUUCCAUUCAUUCUUCAACUGGCAGUUAUUGCUUACUGGGUCGUAUCAGCUGUAUACAUUGCCUCGAUGGGAUCCCCACAAUCUUAUACCAAUGGUACAAAUACGACGGAUGACGGAGGCCUCACUUAUUAUAUCAAGAGGAUCCCUUGUGAAGAUACCGGAAAUGCUCAUGUAUCCGACAUCUGCAGCUUCGUGAAAUAUGGCGGAGACAAGUACACGGUUUACCUGGAGAUCUACAUGCUGUUCAUGUUCUUCUGGUGCCUGAAUUUCGUCAUCGCGCUUGGUCAGAUGACAUUGGCUGGAGCCUUCGCCUCCUAUUACUGGGCCUGGGAAAAACCCCGAGACAUCCCAACAUUCCCUCUCAUGUCGGCACUGUGGCGGUGUUUCCGGUUUCACUUUGGUUCCCUGGCGUUUGGAUCCCUGUUGGUGGCCAUUGUUCAACUGGUCCGAGUAUUCUUGGAGUAUUUAGACUCAAAGCUGAAAGGAAGUGAAAACGGAGCUGCCAAAUUUGUUGCCAAGUGUUUAAAAUGCUGUUUCUGGUGCCUGGAGAAACUGAUCAAAUUCAUCAACAAAAAUGCCUACAUUCUCAUAGCAGUAUAUGGAAAGAAUUUCUGCACAUCUGCAAAGAACGCAUUUUUGCUGAUUAUGAGAAAUAUAGUGCGCACGGUUGUCUUGGACAGAGUUGCAGAUUUUGUUCUGUUCCUUAGCAAAAUAUUUGUUACAGCGGCCGCUUUUGUCGGCGCAUUUUUCUGGUUCCAAGGUCGCGUGCCGUUUUUCCGGGAAUACGUCCCCAAUCUGAAUUACUACUGGACGCCCAUUGUUUUGGUCGGGAUCGGUGCCUUUAUGAUUGCCACGUGCUUCUUCAGUGUCUACGACAUGGCAGUGGACACCCUUUUCCUCUGUUUUCUGGAAGACUUAGAGAGGCACGAUGGGUCAGAAGAGAAGCCUUACUACAUGAGCAAAGGUUUGAUGAAUUUGUUAGGGAAGGAAAACAGUGGCCGAGCAGCUGCCGAGAGAUGAUUAAACGAUAAUCAAUCAAUCAAUCAGUAAUCAAGUGGGUUACACCUACAAGGAAAUCUACCAGUCAGUGAAUGCUAACACCGAUGAGAAAAGGGGCUGAUAUUUUGCAUGAUAAAAUACCACAACAAAGAGAGUAAAAUCCGAGCCGCCAGGACAGUUUGAUUUUUGUAAAAUGGUCACACGUAUACACAGCAAAUAUCAACGACACAUGACAUGUAUUUAUAAAAACACACGCAUUACUGUGCAAACGUCUUGCUGUUUUAAUGUGAACGCAGAUGUCUUAGCCAUAAACAUGUUACGUGUUUCUUAAUUGUUAAGCCGCAGGAAAGAUUGUUGAGAACCUAUUGAUUGAACGGUCAUAUCAACUAGGGGCAAUUGGGAAAAAGCGUAACUUCAUGUAAAAGCCACAUCAAAGAGGCUACAGGGUGAAGAAACACACUGUCAUAUCCAAACAAGUCCAAUGCCCCAUUAAAAACACAUGCAUGUCACUUAAAGAACUACAAAUCCAGGUGAUAGAAGAUAUGUAUAAUCAACGCAUGUAUUAUACUUGUUGAAUAGUCAUAAAAGUCAGAAGAGAUUUUACUCAUUGAAGAAACGCAACAAUAACCAAAGAGGUGUUUCGUUAAACAGCCACACAAAUAA